GGGAGGUCGGCAUUUUCUCCUCGGCUUCCUUGGCGGAAGGCUUGCAAGGAAAGGAGGGUUCCGCGCACGAAGACGGCGACGGCGGCUUCUUUGCAUGUAGCUUUCCCUUCGCGAGAUCGCCAUGGGAUCCAAUUCCCCACGGCCAGGUGAUGCUCCACCACCAAAACCCUGGGAGCGAGCUACGACUUCAUCUGGACCCGCACCUUUCAAGCCCCCAUCUUCUGGCAGCACAAGUGAUGUUGUUGAAGCUUCUGGAGCUGCAAAACCUGGAGAGACCGUUCCAAAUACUGAGAGGAGUGUGUUGCCAAACAGAAACACUAUUGGGAGGCCGCUACCUCCAAGACCUUGGCAGCAGAACUAUGGAACUAGUUAUGGAGGAUAUGGCUCAAAUACAAAUUACAAUUCGGGCUAUGGCUCAGGCAUGUACGGUUCAUAUGGAGGAUUUGGUGGGUCCAGUGGGCUUUACAAUAAUAAUAUGUACUCGGGAUAUGGAGGGUUAUAUGGAAAUUCUGGAAUGUACCAAGGAAGCAUGUAUAACGGUGGGUUUGGGGGGCCCAUGGGUGGCUACGGGAUGGGCAUGGGUGGUCCUUAUGGUAAUCCAGAUCCAAAUAAUCCGUACGGCCCUCCUUCAUCGCCACCAGGCUUUUGGAUUUCCUUCAUCCGAGUGAUGCAAGGUGUUGUCAAUUUCUUUGGCCGAAUCUCAGUCCUUAUCGAUCAAAACACACAGGCCUUUCACAUGUUCAUGUCAGCUCUCCUGCAGCUCUUUGAUCGUUCUGGUGUGCUAUACGGUGAACUUGCAAGGUUUGUUUUGAGGUUACUAGGGAUCAAAACAAGGACCAGGAAAGACCCCCAACUGGGACCUGGUACACUACCCGGUCUUGAUGGGAAUGGGCAGCAGUACAUCGAGGGCCCGAAAGCGACCACUGGGUCUUGGGACAAUGUUUGGGGCGAUGAUGUUAGGGGAGCCAGUUAAGAUGCGGUAAGCUAAUGGUUAUGCAAGGUUGAAGCUCUAUGUAGUAUUCAGAGGGAAACAGCGGAUAUAUAUCACAUGUAUGAUCGAAAGAAUCAGUGAGGGCAUUUUCCAAGGAAUGUUCAUAUAGCGACCCUGAUGUAUGUCAUUGUAUUCUCAACUAUUUUACAGUUUGUUAGCUCAAGACUAAAUUUGCUAUUUGUAUUGAAAUGUAAUUUUAAAUAAUGUUUGGGCCAGGAGCUGCUUGAUAUCCCAAUUUUAGAGCUCUCUGCAGCUGGUUUACCUACUCCUAUGUUUUGCAGGAAUUUAAGAGCAUGUAAUUUUAGACUAA